UUCUUCACCAACCUCAUCUCACAGUCUUCAAUCUCCAAAAUUUUCUCCAUUAAUCGCACAAAUCCGAAGCUUUCAAUCACACUUCUCUCCACCAAUGGGCCUUUCAACUUCUUCUUCAACCUCAAUUUCUAGGGCUCACUACAACAUCCACAAUCUCUUCCUCCUCUGCAACUACGUCCUCCUCGGCGCCGCCACCAGCUGCAUUUUCCUAACCCUAUCCCUCCGCCUCCUCCCUUCCGUUUGCGGUUUCUUCAUCAUCUUCCUCCACGCAUUCACCAUCGCCGGCGCUAUCUCCGGCUGCGCCAUGGCCUCUGCCGCCACCGGCCGCUGGUACGGCGUCCACAUGGUCUUCACCGUCCUCGCCGCCAUCUUCCAAGGCUCCCUCACGGUCCUGGUCUACACCAGAACAGCCAACUUCCUUGGCGAACUGAAAUCGUACGUCCGGGAGGAAAGCGGAACUGUGAUUCUGAAAUUGAGCGGCGGAUUGAGCGGCUUGAUCUUCUGUCUGGAGUGGAUCGUCCUGGUUCUUGCGUUUUGGUUGAAAUACUAUUUGUAUGUUGAAGGAAAUGGAAGUAGAGAGGAUCUGAAGAUUCCAAAUGGGAAGGUUCAGCAGUUUGAAGAUUCCAAAUGGGCGCCGCCUUUCCCUGUUUAGGAAUACUUCCUUGUAUUCCGUUGCAUGCUUUUCCUUUCUUGUUCAUUCAAUUUCUGAUUCAUAUUCAUUCCUAUGUGUUCUUUCCUAGUUCGCUCUAUCAUUUAUGAGGGAGUAAUCAUAUAAUAUACCAUUCCUUACCUUUUUCAAA